UGGGAGCAUAUGGGGAUUGUCUUUGCAACGUGUUCAUCAUUUCCUUGGGGCAAGAUGGAAGAAGAUGAUGAGACAACCGAACAAGUGGACGCCAUUUUUAUGGAGUCUCCAACCUCUACAUUUCUACGCACUGCUAUGCCUUCAUCAUUAUAUCUAUAUAUAUAAAAGCAUCAUGUAAUCAUAAACCAGAAGACAAAUCUUUACAAGUUGUUUCCAUUUACGGAAAAAAUUAAAAUUUAUCUUUUCAAACAACAAAAUCUAUAACCCUUAUAUACCUAUCCAACCCCUACGCAGAAACACCCAUUUCAAUCCUCCCGUGGUUCUUCGCAUUUAAAUCCAUGAAUGCUUAUGCCAAAGUGAAUCUUUCUUGGAGACCCGGCGAAAGCCCACAUUUUUCUUGUGGAUUUUGGGAAGAAAUUUCCGGACACGUAUAUGCAUGAAGAUUUCUCGUACGUAUUGCAUUGUUAAUAUUCCUAUUUCAUGAGGUGGAAUUGGGCUUGAGAAAGAGAUGUGGGUUGUUUCCGAGCACUUUUAGGGGGUUUCUGUAGGUGAUCUUGCAGGAUCUUAAUUAGUCGGAAAAAUGUCGCUACUUCGCAAGUUUUUCUAUAAGAAGCCACCUGAAGGGCUUCUGGAAAUAUCUGAGAGGGUAUUUGUCUUCGAUUGCUGCUUUUCAACUGAUAUGGUUAAAGAAACUGAGUACAAAUCCUACAUGGGUGGCGUUGUGGGUAAACUGUGUGAUCAUUUCCCCGAUGCCUCAAUCAUGGUGUUUAAUUUUAAGGAGGGUGAUAACCAAAGCCCAUUGGAGACCAUACUGAAUGAUUAUGAGAUGACUGUGGUCAACUAUCCUCGACAGUAUGAAAACUGCCCUGUACUCACGAUGGAGAUGAUUCAUCAUUUUGUAAAGUCAACUGAAAGCUGGCUUUCAAUUGGUACGACCAAUAUGCUUUUAAUGCAUUGUGAGCAUGGUGGAUGGCCAUUGCUGUCCUUCAUGCUAGCUGCAUUCUUGAUAUACAGGAAGCAGUUCAACGGAGAACAGAAAACCUUAGACAUGAUGUACAAGCAAGGACCUCGUGAGCUUCUUCACUUAAUGACACCCCUAAAUCCAUUGCCUUCGCAAUUGAGGUAUCUACAGUAUGUUUCAAGAAAGAAGGUGGAACCUCAGUGGCCACCAGCUGAUAAGGCACUUACUCUAGAUUGUGUUAUCCUAAGACUUAUUCCUAAUAUUGACGGUAAAGGAGGAUGCCGUCCAAUAUUCAGAAUAUAUGGUCAAGAUCCCUUCAAGCCUGCAAAUAGGACAUCUAAACUGCUCUUCUCUACAGGCAAAAACAGCAAAAGUUUGAAGCACCGUAAGCAGUCUGCCUGUGAGCUUGUUAAAAUCGAUAUUGAUUGUCACGUAUUGGGCGAUGUUGUGCUUGAGUGUAUCACCCUGGAUGAUGAUCUUGAACGUGAACAAAUGAUGUUUCGUGUCAUGUUCAACACUUCGUUUAUUAGAUCAAAUGUUUUGAUGCUUAAUCGAGAUGAAAUUGACAUCCUCUGGAAUGUCAAGGAUCAAUUCCCCAAGGACUUCAGAGCAGAGAUUCUGUUCUCGGAGAUGGAUUCGAGUGCUUCCAACCCUAAAGCACGUGCAUUGCCUAGUCCUGAAGAGAAAGGUCUCCCUGUUGAAGCAUUUGAUAAAUGUAAGGAAUUGUUUAGUGAUGUGGAUUGGCCAGAAUCAAGGGAUGAGAAUCAAAAGUCAACCAGAGCCACUAAUACUGUACAAGAAAAGUCGGAAACUUCUAAGGAGAAGCCUGUGAAGACCUCUGAUCAAAUUCUCAAAAAUGAAAAAAUGGGGACUGAGAACAACAUCACUGAAAAGGUUAAAGGCAAUAUAGGUGGACCAUCAGAGGCAAAUCAUGAAAGAGUCACCAAGAAACCAGAUUCAACGCAACUGGGCAAUGAUAGCAGAGAAGUAGAGCAAACUACGUCGUCUUCAAACUUAACAUCUCAAGGUUCAGCACCUCCACCAGCAACCCCACAUGUAUCCUCUGUUCAUUCUGCCUCAAUUGUUCGAUCUCGUCCCAUUAGAAAUUCAGCUUCCCUAAAUGCUUCUCAGUCAGAGUCUCUGUCAUGUUCAGGGUCAGGCACUAACCCUCCACCACCUCCUCCAUGCUCAGAAUCAAGUUCAAGUCCACAACAACCCCCUCCAUGCUUAGAAUCAAAGUCAACUCCACUGGCACCUCCAAGUGUAAAUUCAAUGCCAACCCCUCCACCACCUCCAGGAGUAGAAUCAACGCCAAUCCCACCGCCACCUGCAAAUGCCAGCCCUCCGCCACCACCUGCUCCAUCCUCGGGGUCAGCAUCGGCCCCUCCUCCACCACCUCCAUCUUCAGAUAUGGGUUCCAAUGAUAACGCUAUGUCUUCAGCUCCAGCUGCAGCACCAACUCGUCCUCCACCCUUGGGUUGCUUAUCAAGGUCCCCUGCUGUCUCUAUGCAAUCUAAUUCUUCUUCUAAAGGAAGUAUCCCUCCUCCUCCUGGUGCUGUAGGAAAUAUCCCUCCUCCUCCUGGUGCUGUCGGAAAUAUCCCUCCUCCUCCUGGUGCUGUAGGAAAUAUCCCUCCUCCUCCUGGUGCUAAAAGUAUCCCUCCUCCUCCUGGGGCUGCCGGAAAUAUCCCUCCUCCUCCUGGGGCUGCAGGAAAUAUUCCUCCUCCUCCUGGUGGUAAAGGAAGUAUCCCUCCUCCUCCUGGUGGUAAAGGAGGUAUCCCUCCUCCUCCUGGUGCUGCUGCUGCUCAAGGAGGUAACCCUCCUCCUCCUCCUGGUGCCAAGGGAAAAUUGCCAGCCAAAAGUGUCAGGUCAUCGCCUCAAACCAAAAGGACACCCUUGAAACCAUACCACUGGUUGAAAUUAACAAGGGUUACUCAAGGAAGCCUAUGGGCUGAAACACAGAAACCUGAGGAAGCUGCCCAAGCUCCUGAAUUCAACAUGUCUGAACUUGAGGUUCUCUUCUCAGCAACUGUCCCAGAUGCAGGUCGCAGAAAUGGAGGUGGAAAAUCAGGUCAAGCUGCAGGAGCUAAGUCUGAAAAAGUGCAUUUAAUUGACCUCAGAAGGGCAUAUAAUUGUGAGAUUAUGCUUACAAAAGUUAAGAUUCCUUUGCCAGAUUUAAUGAGUUCAGUUCUAGCUCUGGAUGAUUCUGCAUUGGACAUUGACCAGGUUGAGAAUCUUAUAAAAUUUUGUCCUACAAAGGAAGAAAUGGAACUUCUAAAGAAUUUCAAGGGAGAGAAGGAAAACCUUGGAAAAUGCGAACAGUUUUUCCUAGAGCUGAUGAAAGUUCCCCGAGUAGAAUCCAAGCUAAGAGUUUUCUCAUUUAAAAUACAAUUCUGCUGCCAGGUUUCUGAGUUAACACAUAAUUUGAAUAUUGUGAACUCUGCAUCAGAAGAGGUCAGAGGUUCUAUCAAGUUGAGAAGAAUCAUGCAAACCAUUCUUUCACUGGGUAAUGCUUUGAAUCAGGGAACUGCAAGGGGUUCUGCUGUUGGAUUCCGGUUGGAUAGUCUUCUGAAACUUACUGACACGCGCUCCCGUAACAACAAGAUGAAUCUUAUGCACUAUCUUUGUAAGGUUCUUGCUGAAAGGCUCCCAGAACUAUUGACUUUUUACCAAGACCUUGCACAUUUAGAGGCUGCAACAAAGAUACAAUUAAAGAUUUUGGCUGAGGAAAUGCAAGCAAUCAGCAAGGGGCUGGAGAAAGUUGUACAGGAAUUGGCUGCCUCAGAAAAUGAUGGUCCCGUGUCAGAUUAUUUCUGCAAGAGCUUAAAGAUGUUUCUGAAGUAUGCUGAAAAGGAUGUGAAAUCCGUGUCGUCUUUAUACUCCGAAGUGGGAAGAAACUGUGAUGCUUUGCCGACCUAUUUUGGGGAAGAUCCUGCUCGGUGCCCAUUUGAACAAGCUGUGGCAACUUUGCUCAAUUUUACGAGGAUGUUUAGAAAAGCUCACGAGGAGAACGUGAAGCAAGCAGAAUUUGAGAGGAAGAAGGCCCUAAAAGAAGCAGAACUCGAGAAACAAGCAGCUGCAGCUGCAGCACAAGCAAAUACUGCUGCCGCUGCAGUGGGUUCCUAGGAAACGAGAAGAUACAAGUGCUUCAGAUGAUCCAGAACAGUUCCACAUGCUAGUCUUCUCGUAAAAAACCUAGUUCUUACCCAGAUUCAGCACGUGCUUCAGGUACUUCUCUCGUUUACUCUCAAUAAUCCCGCUUCCAAAUGGAUAACCUUUUGCCCCUCAUCAUGCCCACAAAACAGGAUUUCUUUGGCGAAAGAAAUAUUCAUCCACGUGGUUGCUGCCAAGGACACCAAGCAGUAACCGAGAACGAUGGAAUAUUUGACAUAUAAAGACCAUAUCUUGAUUCAAAACUUGCCAAACCCAUGCCUAGUUUGCUGAUAAUUGAUUGCUGCAUCUAUGGAGGGAUCGACCGCCGUUUUAGUUGGUCAUUUAAUUGGAGGAAACAGUAGGGUUCAUUGUAAAUAUAUCCAUCCACAAUGUAGAUUGUAGGUUUGUAAAUAAUCCAAGCAUUACUUGUGUAAAUACUAAUCAGUGUAAGAGCAUGCAAAUGUUAGUCCACAUGUGAAGAAGCAUUGUACCCCUGUGGCAAUAGGAGUGUAGAAAGCAGCAAAUAGUUAUUGGGUACAUCAUGGUGUAAUAUUCAGAUGAUAGAUUAUAAAAGUAUGCAAUACAAUAAUGUCAAAGUUUCACUUUGAACAUUAUUGUAUUAUCAUCUGAAAAAUAAAUAAACAUUGGCAUAGCGCUGAAAUUUUGGCCAUGUAUGUAAUGUAAUAAUGUAAAUAUGUAAU